ACACUUCUCAACAUUUAAAAAACAAUUUUUUAUCCCCUGUUCCUCCCCAAAUCCCUAAUCAAUGAGCGCAAUUUCCCAACUUUGAAAUCGGAGAAGAAUGAACAGCGACAUUUCCCGGUGGGUCAUGGAGUUCCUCCUCCGCAGUUCCGUCCCCGAUUCCCUCAUCCAGAAAACCCUAACCGCCCUCCCUCUAUCCCCCGCCGAACCCCGCCUCAAGAAAAACCUCCUCCUCCGCACCCUCCAAACCCUCCUCCGUAGAGCCACACUAUCGGAAACCGCGCUCGACAUCCUCGAAGACCUCGCCCCUGUCUCUGACGCGCAACGCCGCGCGUACUGCGCAGUCGCCGUGGAGUGCACCGUCAAGUACCUCGCUGCGUGCCCCGACGUUAUCGAUGGUGAGUACGCCGGCGCUGUACGGCGGAUCUGGCGCGGACGCGUGGCGGCGCUGCAGGCGCGCCGGAGCGGGCUGGUCUCUGGGGAGUUGGUGCGGUGGCGCGAUGAGAUAGAGAACGCGCUUGGGGAGGAUUCCAGGGCGGCUCGCGAGAGGCUGGCGGGGUUGAAUAGUCGGAGGGACGCGAUGAAUGAGGUGAGGGUGUAUUUGAAGGAAGCGUGGGAAAUGAUGGGGCCUUCGUUUUUGGAAACGGUUGCGGCAACGGAGAAGAAGAACGAUGAAGGUGCCUGUGAUAAUGGUAGUGGUAAUGGUAAUGAUGAUGAUCAUGAUGAUGGUGCAUGCAUGGAGGAUGUGGCAAUGCAUUAUGAGAAUCAGGAACCAUUGGAAGAGAGUGUUGAUGCGAAUCAGGAAGUGGGUGGGUCUGACUUAACUCCUCAGAGGGAUAAAGCAAUUCUGAAGCGGAAUCCUCAGCUUAAACACAAACACUCUGCAUUUCGUGCAUCUCAUAAGGGAAGGGGAAUUAAAAUAUCUAGUCCGGAGGAAGUGGAGUCAACCAAACCAUGGAGAAAACAUGAUCCUGUGCCUAGUGCUGAAGUUAAAAAAAUUCGGGAAUCCCUAAAAUCAAGUUCUUCGGAGUUACAGGCAUUGGUUAAUGAUCCUCUUCCCGAUGCAUUGCAUAUAUCUGAUGUUGUAAGAUCCAAAUUGGCAACUAGUGAUACAAAAAUUGAGCCACCGAUUGAAAACCAGCAUGAAGAUGUAGAAGUACAGGAUCCAGAUGUUUGCCUGAGUAUUGUACCUUUUCAGCCCAAUGAUGUCAAUCUUGGGAAGAAGUCUUCUGUUCAUUGUAGUAACAUUCACCAGCCCAGCUUGAUGGAACGGAACAGAAGUGCUCGUACCUUUGAGUGGGAGGAUUCAAUAGACAACUCACAACAAGCAAGACAGCCAAGGAGGAGGAAAAGGAAAUGGAGUUCGUUGGAAGAAGAGACACUAAGGGCUGGUGUAAAAAUGUUUGGAGAAGGAAACUGGGCAACAAUCCGAAGUUUUUACAGUAACAUAUUUGAAAAUAGAAGUGGAGUUGAUCUGAAGGACAAGUGGAGAAACAUGAUACGGUGACACUAACGCGCUACUUUCAUGUGUAUAUCUUGGUGAGGUAAUGACAAUUUUGACAGCAGCUUCUCUCUAUGCAAUCAAGCUUUGUUAAAACACCAUCCAAAUCGUACAGUUAGUGAGGACCAACUGGUAUCCAAGGCCCUUUCAAACACAUCAUUCAUCCCCGUGUUUUGGUUUCAAUGGCUCAGCUGAAGGUUCCCCCAUUAUGGUAUGCUCGGUACGAAAAGAAAUCAUGGCAAUUUCGAGGAGCGGUACUACAUCCCAUGGAAAGCGGAUAAGGAAGCCUAAUCCUCCCUAUGUGCAGUAGCCAAAUCAGUCUCUUGUGUUAGGAUUAGAUAAGAUAGUUGUUUUAUCUUUAUUAGAUAGGAUAGUUAUUUGAUCUUUUAUUAGAUAUGAUAGUUAUUUGUUCUUUAUUAGGUAGGGUCUAUAUUUUUAUCUUUACUAGUUAUCUUUAAGUUUGUUGCUUACCAGUUUAUCGUUCUAGAAAUAGUAUUUAUUGAAUGAGGCUGUAGUUCCAAGAUAUGCAGAAAUAAAAACUCAUUCCAGUUACUUAUUA